GGGUUGCAAAAAUAGACAGUCGUCGCUGCUGCUACUCCGAUCUUCUUCCCUCUUCUCCUUCCUUUCCUUCCUCCCAGCCGCGCGCGCGGAGGGAAGGGGAAGAAGAGAUUAGAAGGACGCGGGACGGAGAAGAUCACAGCCACAUUAUUGACUCGUCCAUAGCUAAACUAGAAAAAAAAAUAACACAAAAGGAGGGUCGGCCGGGCAGGCGGUGGGCGGAGGCCGGCCGGCCGGCCGCCGGUGGGAGGAGAGCUUGCGCGCGCCCUUCAAUCACUCCCUGCCUUCAUCUCUGCUCGAUCGGUUCAAGAACACUCCACGAUUGAAGUCCUGCGUUGCACGCCGCCGACGCCGAUGCUCGAUCCAUGCCUGAGCCUGCCCCUGCCGUCGCCGCCGUGCUGCUUCCGCCGCCGCCACCGUCGCCGUCGUCGCUCAGCUGCUGCGACGGCUGCUACUGACUGAUCUCUCUGGAUGUAGCUAGGUACCUCUCGACUGACAUGCUGUUCUAACUUCUAACAAGCCCAAAACACAAACGAAGCUAGCCGCCGUGCCACCGGCUACUUCCCGGCGCCACCGGCCGGCACUGGCGCCGGAGGCAACCACCGCUCGUUAGCCAGGAUGGCGAUCGCGGUCGGCCACUUCCACGACCUCAAGCCCCCCGACGUGCGGGGCCGGCACUGCCGCCUCCACUCCGUCGCGCUGCUCGACAGCCCGCUGCUGGACAGGGAGCACCGGGAGCACAGCGGCGACGCCGCCGCCGGAGCGGGCCACACCGGCCUGUCCCCGCGGCGCCGGAGCCAGUCCUCCCCGUGCUUCACCACCGUCGCGCCCGCCGGCGCCGAGCACGCGGAGCGAUCCGAGAGCAAGGUGCCGGUGCCGCGCGUGGAGAUCGUGGUGGGCCGCCACGCCCGCGGCGUGCGCGAGCUCAUCGCGGAGGCCGCGGCCGCCAUCGCGUCCGGGACGCGGCUCGUCCCCGCGCAGAGCGGCCUCGGCGGGGCGCUGCUGCUCACCGGCAGCCGCGCCGGCGAGCACGUCGCCGUCAUCAAGCCGCUGGAGGACACUGCGACAACUGCGGGGUCGCCGGGGAACGGCGGGUACGAGAGCAAGGCCGUGCUGCGGGAGGUCGCCGCCUUCCUCCUCGACCACGAUGGCUUCGCCAGCGUGGAGCCGACGGCGCUGAUCAAGAUCUCGCGCCCCGCGAUGCCGACGACCAUGGCGUCGAUCCAGCGCUUCGUGGCGCACGAGUACGACGCCGGCGAGCUGGGCCCGUCGCGAUUCUCGGUGGCGUCCGUGCACCGCGUCGGCAUCCUCGACGUCCGCCUCCUCAACAUCGACCGCCACGCGGGCAACAUCCUCGUCAAGAACCCGCCGACCAGGCAGCGCGCCCGCGGCGGCGGCGCGCCCACGCCGCCGCCGCCGCUAGACCUCGUGCCGAUCGACCACGGCCUCUGCCUUCCGGAGCAGCUCGACGACCCUUACUUCGAGUGGCUGCACUGGCCGCAGUCCUCGCUGCCCUUCUCCGACGACGAGCUGGCGUACGUGGCGUCGCUGGACCCGUUCAUGGACGCCGAGACGCUCCGCGCCGAGCUGCCGUCCCUCAAGGAGCCCGCCAUCCGGAUCCUCACCCUCUGCACCAUCUUCCUGAAGCGCGCGGCGGCGGGGGGGCUCUGCCUCGCCGACAUCGGCGACAUGAUGACCCGCGAGUUCACGGCGCAGGAGGACGAGGGGCUGAGCACGCUCGAGGCGCUCUGCAAGCACGCCCUCGACUCCGCCGCCCUCCCGCCGUGCCCGCCCUCCCUCCUAUGCCCUCAACCCGACGCCGACGGCGUCGAUGAGGGCACGACCUCCUCCGGCGGGCGGAAGCACGUGUCGUUCGGCGACCUGAGCUUCGCGGAGUGGGCGACGUUCCUGGAGAGGUUCGAGCAGCUGCUGGCGGCGACGCUCGAGGCCAAGAAGCGAAAGCUGACCGUACCGUACUACUAGUCUACUAGCACCACCAUUUCCCAUGCUUGCGUGGACACAGGACCUGUACACGUGUGCAUGCCAGCUUGACGUACGGGUAACACUGAGUUGUUUGUACACGUACUAGCUACUGUAUCUCUGGAAGCUUGUGUCUGCGUAGGGUACGACGAGGAGGCCGUGUAAGAGGUGGCAUGCUGUUGGGAGCAGCUCUGGAACACCCUUCCUUCCCAAGAUGCUGACGUGUCGAGCAAUGCACGACUCUUCCCCAGGCAGAGGCGUGUUUUUAUAAGUUUAUUAUAUCAUUAUACAAGUACGAGAAGUACCAUGAAAAUGUAUAUAACAGAGUAGUUCGAUUAUUUGUGUGGAUUUUUUCCACAUUUUACGGUCACACGGAAUAAAAACCCGUGCUUUUCGACGGGUUUACUUUAGAAGGACCUAGGAAUGUAAAGUUACAUUUUGAAAUGUAUGGAGGAAG